CUGCUCUUGUCCGUGUGAGUCUAGGCCGACUAACUCUGUCUUGUCUCAACAUCUGAAACAAGGAUAUAAAGUUUGUGGGUGCUUCCAAAGUGGAGAUUGUUGUUGUGCCACAUAAUGGGAUUUUCCUUUCUCCUUGCCACGGUACAAAAGGAGAGAAUGAAGAGGAGGUCGAGAACAAGAAGUAGAAGUAGACGAAGAGCGAAGCAAGAUCCGAAAACUUGGGUCGCAAGAUAUAUCCCUCAGGAUCUACUGAUCGAGAUUCUGACGAGAUUACCUCCGAAGUCAGUGAUGAGAUUCAAGUGUGUCUCAAAGUUUUGGUCAUCUCUCUUGUCCUCCAGAUAUUUUUGCAACCGUUUUCUCAUCGUCCCAUCUCAACCUCAACCUAGUCUUUACAUGUGCCUAUUGGAUCGAUACAACUACUCUAAGUCUCUCAUCUUAUCAUCUGCUCCAAGCACGUCUCCGUAUUCCUUUGUAUUCGACCAAGAUCUAACCAUCCGUAAGAUGGGAGGUUUCUUCUUGCGGAUUCUUCGUGGCUUCAUUUUUUUCACUAGAAAUUUAAAGGCGCGUAUCUAUAACCCCACCACUAGACAACUUGUGAUCUUACCUACCAUAAAAGAAUCUGAUAUCAUAGCAGGACCUCCUUAUAACAUCCUCUAUUUUAUCUGCCAUGACCCUGUUAAUGAUCGGUACAAACUACUCUGCACAGUUAGUUAUGCAUCAGACAAUGAUUUGCAAAAUUUAAAGUCAGAGCUUUGGAUUUUCGUACUAGAAGCAGGGGGUUCGUGGAAAAGGGUUGCAAAUGAGUUUCCUCAUCAUGUUCCUUCACAUCUUGAUUUGAAUAUGAAUGGAGUUUUGUAUUUUUUGGCUUGGACUGAUCCACAUACUUGUAUGCUUGUUAGUUUCGACGUUAGGUCUGAAGAGUUCAAUACGAUGCAAGUACCACGCAAUGCUGGAGACACACUACCUAGACAAGAGAAGGGUGUAGUUAAUAGAGUAUGGUGAGAAUGUAGCUGUUCUUGAUUUCACCGAUCUCCGAGUGAAUGGUAAGAUGGAUUUGUGGGUUGUGGAAGAUGCCAAGAAGAAGGAAUGGUCGAGGAAGACUUUUGUUUUGCAGCCCUCUCAGAUGCAUUUAGACGUCACUGAUAAUAUAUGGGCAGCAAAAGGUACAUCUAUAAAAGGCAAGGUCAUCUUGGUACCAAAGAAGUUGUUUUCUUCUCCCUUUUACUUUCUCUACUAUGACCUGCAAAUCAAUGAUUUGAAAAAGGUUGAGGUCAAAGGAAUACCAGAUCGUUGGUUUAGUAACCCUGUAAGGACCAGAUAUAUGGACAUGGAGCUUAUGGAUCCAAGUGAGAGCAUCAUGUAUCUGGAAACUUGAAAACUUGGGUAUCAAGCGAUAUAAUUAGAGUUAGCUAUCAAAUAAUUUGUUUCUUUAGUGGAUUGCAUCGAAAAUUUUCGGAUUAUUUAGGUAAUAAUUUAUUGAUUUUGUAUGCAAUAAUUGUGAUGCAUUACUUUACAAAGAUUUAACCAUUCUUUU